AUAAAAUUGACACUGUACAGGCCAAUCAAACACGUGAUAUUACCUUCACAUUUAAUGUAUGCUGUUUAUUAUAAGAUAACUUCUGCCUUUUAGAUAUUUUCGAAAAAGUAGCUUGAAAAGUAUUCAUCUUGCUAAAUACUUGAUGAUUACUUUUAAACAAAACCAGAUGAAUGAGAAACGGAAUUGAGAUUUUUUAACCGCUGGUUUUAAACUGAGCCGCACUGGCAGAGCACUUCGUCACUGUUUCUUACUAAACCUCUCUGCCCAAGUUUAAUUUAAAUUAAUAAACUUUAAAAACCAAACUUAGCUGUCUUAGCAAGACUUUUAAAUUAACUUAAAGUGGACGAAUAAUGUCGCAUGUUGUCGUGCACUGGGAAAAGGAGAAAUCCUAUUCAUGCGUUAAAUUAAAAAAAGUUAUUAAGGGAGACUGCGGUGUGGACGAUCUGCUUGAUAAGUCUUUCGACGUACAAUGGGGUGGGGACAAAGAGAAGGGGAAGAUAAUUGGAAUAGGUUCACGAAAAGACAUGAAAAUACUGGAAGGAGAAAAGGCACAAGAAGCUGCAGAUAUGUCAUUUUAUGAACAUAAUGGAGAAGAGGGAGUGGAAGAAGGUCCGCCACCGGAAGGACACUCCCAACUUGAUGGUGGGACUGAAAUUUUCGAAGCUGAAGUGCGAAACUCUGAUGAAGGAAAUUUUUCAGCUAGUCUCGUCCUUGCUCCUGGAUCAGGUUCUCGUGAGGUUGAGGUUAAUCACGGACGGCACGACGCGGACGUGAUUCAACUUCAAGAGCGCUUGAUUGAGAAGGACAAAGAAAUUGCAAUGCUCCAGGCAGAGAAUUUGUCGUUGAGAACUACAGUUAAGCAACUAAAACGUCUUAUAAAGAAAACCGGUGUUUCUAACGAGGAAUCCCAAGAUAGAGUCGAAUUGGCCCAUGGAAUAAGUUUGGACAAGUCCCUCGUUGAACUCACCCAGAUAAGCUAUUCCUCUCGUCCGUCACUAUUUUUUAGAAAAUUGCUGUUCGAAGGUGGAUUAUUCCAACUUGAAGAAAUCGCUGGUUCAUCCAUGACUGGUAAAUCCUCGCCACUUUUCCGACAUCUAACCCGGCCAGCAUUGGAUCCAGUACGAUUUGGAGUAUUGAAAGAUUUUACAAUCAAAUCUUGUGGAAUAAAAACCAACACACUGGAGAUGGUUGAGUUUGAGCAAAAACUGAGAAACAUCCCUGGCGAUGCAAGAAAACGACUAGCAGCAGUGAACAAUUCAUAAUAUUAAUGUGCUCAGAAUAUCUAUUACAAUGCUUUCUUUAAACGUUAAUUACGGCUAAAUAAAUUUAAAAUUAAAUGAAUUUGCCAAUAUGAAUAGGUUUUAUUUUGCAUGCUGGAAAAUUCCAUUUUUGCAUAUCUGAAUAUGAGACCAAUAGGAAAUGCAUUUAAAUUCCCAAAUGAUUUGUCCGAUUACAACCUAUCUGAUCUUCUAAAUUAUUCCCAUUGGAUUAUGUAGUCUGAAAUCUACCUCACUUUCCAACUACCUCUCCCAUCUGCCUUGCCAGUUGGAAUUAAUGGGUCAGUUUUGCUCGGGACAUCAUCAACUGAGUAGGUGGAAUCAGUCAGAAAGCGGAGUGAAACCCGCUCGUGGUCUGAAUAAUUAUUCUCAACGGUUUCUUUGCAUGACAAAGCUUGCGCGAGAGACUCGAUCAGUGGUAACAAAGACCAUUUUCAUUUACGAAUUGUGAAUUGCGGACAAGAUAAUCCCGACUCUUUUACUUUUUCACCGACAAAGGAGAUGGUAGAGACUUGACGUAUAUAUUUAAAGUAUUUAUCAAACAUUGGUGAUCAUUAUUAUACUUAAUUAUAAUUUUUAACAAAUCCGUUAUGUAUAUACCUUCCCAUUUGCUGCCAUAGCGGGUUAUCACUUUUGGUUCAUGAAUUCAAUAUAAUCACUUGUUAUCGGAUUCAUGUAUGUGCUCGCACAUGUAUUUAUUCACUUACGAAAUAAAAUUUAUCGUCCUCGUCACGUUUAUAAUCUUAUUAAAUAAAACUAUUUCAACCAUAACAUCCCACACACAUCUACAUUAUUAUGCCAACCACAAGUGCAAGAAAUCUCUCUAAUGAUUUAUUUGAUUCGCAAGUAUGACUGUCAUAAUCAUAAACUAGAUACAAGAAACACUACUAAUGACAUAUGUAUAAUAGCAAUCUUUUAAUUAGCUUUAAUUACAAAGGAUGUGUCAAAUUCUGUUGGCAAGAUGUUUGCAGGACAAUGAAAGGAUGGUUUUCAGAAUGUUUAUCAAUUUCAUUUUGUAUUUCAUAUCACGCUAUGUCAAUGUCAACUUUUGCCUGAGCAGAUGAACGAGUCUUCGUGGACGGUUGAUCAUGCUCCCUUGAGAAUGUGUGCAAUCUCUCCUCGUGGUUUUAUUUUAUUAUGGUUUUAUCCAAUGACGAAAGAAGUAUUGCUGGAUAACUUGUACAAUGGGCGCAAUAAUAUUACGAUAUCCUAUUGUUAAUUAAUCUUCUGUUUAUUACACUUGAGCCCAAUCACAAACGCGAAUUACGCAAAUUGGAGGGUAUUGUCGUCAUUGUAGUUGUAUGCGAUACACAUGUUUAAUGUAUGAUAAGUAGAUAAAAAACUAAUAAACUUGAUGACCAGCUAAUCUGUUCCUUCGAAUGCAUAUAAAUGUAAAAUUCGAAUGACCAACUCCUGAUUGUUUCCAGUAAAUUUCUCAUUCCUUUAGUUUUAAGGAGGACAAACUUGCUGUAGCCAUAAUUAAUCAUGGGGAAAUUUACUUUACCAAUCUUGGCACUUUUAGUCGCAGGUGUUUCUGCUGGGGUUGUUUCACCCACGACCCGGUGUGGGGGGGUAGGGACCCCUCUUCAACUUAGGAUCAGUGAUUGCGAGGGUCGUUGCACUUUUGUGGCUGGAAAGCCUUAUGAUUGCGAAGAAGAUUUCAUGCCGAGUUCUGCUGCCCCAUCGCUCAGCUUAAGGAUGGACGUGUGCUUAGAUAUGGGACUCUGCUAUACGAUUUUCGAAGUUGUGUUGGCCAAUAGCUCUGUACAACCGGGAUUCACAUACACUGCCAAAUAUCAAGUUGUUCCAAAUGACAUCUUAAGAGGAGAGACUGUUAGAAUUCAAGCUUUCAUUUAUCAGACGGCCAAUUUCCGUAUUGAAACUUGCCUUGAAAUAGAAGCCACCAUUUCGUAAAGGGAACAUUUUCAUAGAUACUCAUUUCUGAUUUUUUUACGAUAACAAAUUAAGUAAAAUGAAAUAUAAUGGAAUAAAUUGAUGUGCACAAUUAA